UCACCGGAAAGGGAGGAACAGGUUUCCGGCCUAAUGAGAGAAAACACAACUGAAGUCCAAAAGACGAAGAGGAGAAGCUGCUUCUCGUAAAUAAUUUAACGGCUCAGCUUUCUCCAACACGGCCAUAAUUUACCAUGCUCUAACUAACCACUAAUUUAUAUCCAAGAGUUGGCAGUGACAUGGCAUCUGUCCACUAAACUGCUCCAUCCUCAGCCACUGCUAGCACCAAGCAUUGGUGUGCAACUUCCCAGCGGAUGAGACUGACCCAUCAUCACCAUGGAAACAGACACAGAAGUUAUUCCUAUCUGGCAGAAUAAGCCUCAUGGAUCCACCCGUAGUGUUGUGAGAAGAAUAGGUUCCACUCUUCCACUCAGACCUCCACAAAGGGCAUGUUUUCAGGAACUCCCAGGCCUGCCCUCUCUUCGGCCCAUGGAUGGCCCUAUGGUUCCUACCUUGGCAGACAUAGCAUGGAUUGUUGCAGAUGAAGAAGAGACAUAUGCCAGAGUGCGGAGUGACACCCGUCCUCUGAAACACGAGUGGAGGCCCACGCCUCUCCUGGUGCUCCACAGGAACUCAUCUGUACCCAACUUCCGCCGUGAGGGCAAAAGGGUGGAGGGGCUUAGGAAGCCUGGAGUGACGGCAAUGAACCGCACUACUGCCCUGCAGGACGAGCUCAGCAGACUCCGCGCACAAAUCGCCAAGAUUGUUGCAAGUGAUACUGGCUCCAACCCCCUGACCCCUGACCUGCUCUCCCCUGACGACACAAGUAUGAGCUUCUCCAUGGCGCCUUUUGAAACAGCGCCCUACCAGCCAGCUGCCACGGCUGCCGCUUCCUUUGUCAUCAGUGAUGUCACAGAGGAGGAAGAAGAAGAGGAGGAGGAGGAGGAAGGAGAGGAAGACGUGGUCUCUGUGGUGUCAGAGCUUGUCCCUGACCCUCUGCCGCCUGUUUCCAUGACGGCGUCAGCGACCUUUGACCUGGACAGACCCAGCAUGGACUUCCGGGAGGCAGAGGAGGAUACAGUGUCGCUAUCAAAGUCCACCAGCUUCGCUGAUGUUAUGGACAUCCUGAAGGACAUGAACCGCAUGAAGAUGAGCAAAGACAGGUACAACAGAGGCUGCACAUCCCUCAGAGAGGAGGACUCGGCCUCUCUGAUCUCAGAAGCUCUGAGGAAAAAGUUUGUCCUGAAGGAGGAAGAUACUGCCGCUGUGAAACGGAAGUAGCCCGAUCAUGUGUUUAUCAUCAAUACCCGAUCCUGCUGCUCCAUGUAAGUCAGGACAGGAUUGUAGGGAGUGCUUUGUUUUUUAAAAUAUUUUGUAUAAUGAGCUCUUGAAGGCAUGUGGUAGGUUAACAUUUGUAUUCAGUGGCAGAAAUGUUUUGGCUCACUCGUGGGUUCUUAGUUGUUGUGUUUUUUUUCUCUCCCUCAUUAUUUUUAGGCCUUUGCCUGUGGAAUAUUUACCCAUGGAUCCACAACCUCUCUCCUCAGACCCAAGGCAAUAGCUGUCUGCCAGAGCUAGAACAAAGAAAACACUUUGUCCCCAGACACUCAGAACCAAAUGUGAAGCUCGCAGUGCUGGUGCAGUGUCAGAGGGGACAGAUAACUCUUGAUAACAGUAAUAAUUUUUUAAGCACUGCAUCGCAUAUUGCAUCCAGUUUAUUUCUCUCUGAAAACAAACAAGCUUUUAUGUUUAAAUUUAUUUUGAAAAAGGACUCAACAGGCUGUUGUCUGGAAACUGUGUCUGCAAAUUUAUUCGAUCAUGUGGAGAGACUGAUAUCCAAGCAAUUAUAAGAACGUUCUUGGACUUAAAUAGAGGAAUGUCCCUUUAAAAAGCCUUUAAAGAGUCCUUUGUUCCUUUUGAUUUUCCACACAAGAGAUGCAAACAAACAUUUCCUUUUUCAGUUGAAGUAAAAGCUCCUCUAACAUACUUGAAAAUAUUUUAUGUACAAAUGAAACGGAUCUAGUGUACAUGCAGAGAUGUAAUGUAUCUUAUCACAGCGUGCGUGUGUAUGUGUGUGGGAAAUAUCAUUUCAGAUCUUUGCUGUUAAUAUUUGCAUCACAGGUCUGAGUUUGCAAAUGUGCACAGCAUCAAGUAGAGUAUCUCGCUUGCUCCACUGCACCUCCUAUGCCUGUCCUCUUGUUUGUGAUUAACAUAUAGAUUGAUAGUCACUGACUGAACCACAGGACACUGAUUUUUGAAACCUAAACUGAAAAGAGCGAGAAUAUGCUGAUGAUAUUUGAAGAGUGUGGUGUAAAAAAAAACAAAGAACGCGUGUGAGUGAAAUGUAUAUGUUUCUGGUAAAGGCAACGACAGAUACAAGCUUGUACAGGUCUUUAAGACACACCUCUCCUCCCCUGUGUAGACUGUUUUACUUACUAGUUGAAACCACCUUUAAUGAGGUUUCUGAAUGACAGGACGUUAAAGAGGUGAUCUCAAUUUGGGCAGAGACAACUGAGCUAUGUGUAAGAGUGCAGAGUUUUGACAAAGCUUUGGGUGAAAUGCUUGUGUGAGUCACGAUCAUAGAAAUAGAACGAGACUAGAAUGGACAUUCCGAUGCAGAUCAACAUAGCAGGAUGGUCAGAGUGGCGGCCAUUUUAUGCAUACUGCUGCCAUUGCAACUGUUGUAGCUGGCUAAUAUCUGUGUAGACGAACCUGGUAACAAAGGCGAGGUUUUGCACGAAACUAUAUGAGCAGUAGAGUAGUAACGUUCUGUAUUCAAAUAAGAAGUGCACUACUUUUUAAGUGUUAGCGUUACUGUUACUUCCCUGUUUCUGUUGCCAUUUAUUUCAUGUUUGUUGAAACCUGAUGCACCGUAGCUGCCUCCGAUAAACAAGAGACAGCUGCUGCUUAGUUGAUAGCCGAGAGGCAGAGGCUGCCAGGAUUAACGGCAUGCAGAUCAGUGUGUUUUCACAUCUAACUUGGUGAAUUAAGGGUUUAUCUCAAAGAAGAAGGCUAACUAAGACAGUUUGGAUGAGGGCUUUUUUAUUGUUUCUGUCAAGUUUGAAUUAAGUUAACAAGGCAGUUAAUCUUAGUUUGUGAAAGACAGAAACUUGGAUUGGUGCACGGUUGUAUUUCUCUGUUUGUUAAGGAAAGUAGGUGUAAAAAUAGGCCAAAACGGCACUCUCAAACCACUGACGUCGCCAUUUUUUUAACUAUUCAAAUGACCACAGCAAACUGUUUAAUGUCCAUUCUACUUUGCUUGUAUUUCUAUGGUCGCGAUGAAUAUUCUGGUUGAAGCCUUACCACAUACCUAUUGCCUGUUCCAAAGCCUGAUUUUAUUCCCAUAUUAGUUAAAGUGCCAUGGGUUUGUUUUACCCCUUCCUGAAUGUGCCCUCCACUCUUAUCUUUGUUUUCCCACGUUUUCAUCUCACAAAUACCAGUUGUGUGUGUGUGUGUGGAAAUUCUGAAUAGUUGUUAAAAAUACCCCCUCACAAGAAAAACCAUGGUGUUUAUGUCACUUGUACGUCCACACACGUCACUCCUCGUCUGUUUUCCAUCCAUGACAUUUAUGCCUACGUGACUGGGAGUUCUUUAGUGUAGUUUUGCAGUGUGACAAGUUAUUGGUAAGUUAUCUGUUUGGAUUGAAACACGAUUGUGCCCGUGUGUGUGUCACUGUAUGCAGUGGAGUGAAACUGUGUUAUGUCUUGCUAGAAUUGGCCCUUGGCUUGUCUUUGGUGAUCUUCUCAGUAGUUAAUUUCCUGAUUGAACAGAGUGAUGGGGCUGAGAAAAUAUGCAAGUUUGAAUAUAUUCAUUGUGUGUCUGCACUUGAGAUGUUGAACCUUACACAGCGUACUCUGCCAACCGCAUCACUAUUCCUGACGAUAAGUUUAAGGAAGAAUUUAGUUGGGGUUUUUUCCAUAGAGAAGUUAUUGAUUUUGUUUCUCUUGUCAAGUUUCUCACCGUUGUACCUCUGUAUAGGGUCGAGCCUACCACCACCUGUACGUGUAUUUUUUUUUUUGUCAUGUUAGGACUUGUAAAUAAAGAUUGGCUGAUGUUUUGAA